GACAGAAGCUGCCAAAUUUGAGAGGUUAAGAGUUGUUUGCGUCAUUCGAGUUAUUUGAUUGAAGUUACAAAGUUCUUAAAUAUUAGGAAAUAUUUAUAAGAAAUUCGGUUAAGGAUGUGUUAGUAGUUGAGUGAAGGUGAAGAGGAAGUUAUAUACUUUAGUGUAGUGUUACACCUUCAUAUUGUAGUUGAGGAGAACUAAGUGAAAAUGUCAGACUCGGAGGAUAGUAAUUUCUCUGAUAAUGAAAACGCAUCUGAUGCAGGAUCUGUGAAAUCUGGGGGCUCGGCGGGCAGUGUCAGGAGCAGGUCCGCCUCCAGAAGCCGCUCUCGUUCAGUGUCUCGGUCAAGAUCCAGAAGUAGAUCAGCAAGUAAGUCAGUGUCGAGAUCCAGGUCUAGAUCCCGUUCCAAGUCCAGAUCACGGUCCAAAUCCCGAAGUAGAUCCAGGGGCCGAUCAGGAUCAGAAGCUAAAGAAGCUUCAGGUGCCGAAGAAGUCGAAGACGAACAAGAACCUGAUGGAGAAUCUGUAAAUUCUGAUGAAUAUGAUAGCGAAGAGGAGGAUAGUGAUGCUGGUGGUAGAAGUAAGAAGAAAAAAAAGAAAGAUCGAUAUGGGGGCUUCAUUAUUGAUGAGGCUGAAGUCGACGAUGAAGUAGAAGAUGAAGAUGAAUGGGAAGAUGGAGCACCCGAGUAUGGAAUCGUGGCCAAUGAAGUUGAUGAGUUUGGUCCCACCGCUAGGGAAAUUGAAGGCAGGAGGAGAGGAACUAGCAUGUGGGAUGCUCAGAAAGAGCAUGAAAUUGAAGAGUACCUUCGUAAAAAGUAUGCCGAUGACAGUGCAGCUGCUAAAAGGUUCGGGGAUGGAGGAGAAGAAAUGUCUGAUGAGAUUACUCAACAAACCUUGCUUCCUGGUGUUAAGGAUCCUAAUUUGUGGAUGGUGAAAUGUCGUAUUGGAGAGGAGAAAUCAACAGCUCUCCAUUUAAUGAGGAAGUUCUUAGCUUACCAGAACACCAACACUCCGUUACAGAUCAAGUCGGUUGUUGCUCCGGAAGGUGUUAAAGGUUACAUUUACAUUGAAGCCUACAAGCAGCCCCAUGUCAAAUCGGCCAUAGAAAACGUAGGCACGCUCAGAAUGGGCGUUUGGAAACAACAGAUGGUACCUAUAAAGGAAAUGACUGAUGUAUUGAGGGUCGUCAAGGAACAGACGGGACUGAAACUCAAGCAGUGGGUCAGACUAAAGAGAGGCUUAUACAAAGACGAUAUUGCUCAAGUUGAUUAUUUCGACAUGGCCCAAAAUCAGGUCCAUCUGAAACUGUUGCCUAGGAUCGAUUAUACAAAACUGAGAGGGGCCUUGAGGACCACCCAGUCGGAUUCAGAGGCUGAAAAACGUAAAAGGAAGCGCCAUCCUGCAGCCAAACCUUUCGAUCCAGAGGCCAUUAGAGCAAUCGGAGGGGAGGUCUCAACUGACGGAGACUUCAUGAUUUUCGAAAACAACAGAUACUCUCGUAAGGGAUUCCUCUACAAAACUUUCUCACUGAGUGCUGUGAUUGUUGACGGAGUUAAGCCAACUCUGAGUGAGCUUGAGAGGUUUGAGGAACAACCCGAAGGUAUCGACCUUGAAUUACCGGCUGAGAAAGAAGAUAAGACGGCAUCCCAUUCGUUCAGUGCCGGAGACAACGUUGAGGUCACGGAAGGUGAAUUGGUGAAUCUACAGGGUAAAAUAAUCAGCAUAGACGGACCGAUGAUAUCGAUAAUGCCCAAACACGAGGAAUUGCGAGACAUGUUAGUGUUCCAAGCUUCGGAAUUGAGGAAGUACUUCCAGAUGGGGGAUCACGUUAAGGUACUAGCCGGAAGAUAUGAGGGGGAUACAGGACUGGUGGUCAGGGUUGAGAGUAAUAGGGUAGUUUUAAUAUCCGACUUGACGAUGCACGAAAUGGAGGUUUUACCGAAGGAUCUUCAACUUUGUACCGAUAUGGCAAGCGGUGUUGAUUCCCUCGGGAAAUUCGAAUGGGGGGAUAUGGUGAAUCUAGAUUCGGAAACUGUUGGGGUUAUCGUGAGAUUGGAAAGGGAGAAUUUCCACGUUUUGAACAUGCACGGUAAAGUAGUCGAGUGCAGGCCUGGUUCGUUGCAAAAACGACGUUUGAACCGUUUCACGGCCGCCUUGGACUCCUUCAGGAACAGCCUUCACCGCAGGGAUAUGGUCAAGGUUAUAGACGGUCCACAUUCCGGUUUCUCCGGAGAGAUCAAGCAUUUGUACAGGAACUUCGCCUUCCUGCACUCGAGGGAAUUCUUGAAUAACGGAGGUAUAUUCGUGUGCAAAACGAAGCAUCUUCAACUGGCUGGCGGUAACAAGGCUGUGGCCAACCAGGAGAUAUCGACUGGUUUCGAGUUCAUGUCCCCAAGACGGAGCUCACCGAUGCAUCCUUCGAGCGGUGGGGGAUCAGCCGCUGGGGGCGGUUUUCAAACUCCCAGGCACGGUGGUGGGGGUGGCGGACAUGGAAGGGUCACGAGAGACAGGGACCUCAUCGGUACAACCAUCAGGAUCACCAAGGGACCGUACAAGUGCAACAUCGGUAUUGUCAAAGAUGCCACCCAGACCACAGCACGUGUUGAGCUACACUCGUCAUGCCAGACGAUUUCGGUGGAUAGGAAUCACAUUGCUGAUGUUGGUACUCAAGGACGCGAUGGGAGCAUUUCGAGCUACGCUAGAACCCCGGCUUACACCGGAAACCAGACCCCGCUAUACAGGGACACCGGGAACAAGACCCCCAUGCACGAUUCUGGUUCUCGUACUCCGUUGCACAGCUAUGGCAGCAUGACGCCUAUUCACGACGGAUCCAGGACUCCGAACGCCCAUUCGGAAUGGGACCCUGCCAUACCAAACACCUAUCCAUCUCCGGGCUACAACCCCAGCACCCCUGGUUAUCAGAUGAACGGACCGUUCACCCCGCAAACUCCUGGCACCAUGUACGAGAACAACUACAGUCCAGGCUAUCAAAGUGCAGCGUCAACGCCUAGCCCGUCUAUUGGCUACAGACAAUCGCCAGCCAGUAACAAUCCUUAUAACACUCCGAGCUCAGGGUACAGCCCCAACAGUCCAGGUAUGCCAUACAACCCUCAGACGCCAGGUGCCGGUCUCGAUGUUCUUCCUAUGACCGACUGGCAUACGGUGGACUUAGAGGUCACGAUUAGGGACAGUCACGGUGAUCCUGGACUGGUCGGACAAACUGGAGUCAUCAGAAGUAUAUCUGGUUCGAUGUGUUCUGUCUUUUUGCCCGAAGAAGAUCGUGUCGUCAACAUUAUGUCGGAUCACUUGGAUCCCAUCUGUCCCCAAAGUGGGGAUGCUUUUAAGGUGAUCAUUGGGGAGGAAAGGGAAGCCACAGGAGAACUUCUUUCUAUUGACAGGCGUGAAGGCGUUGUCACCAUUGCAAAUGAGGUUAAGCUCAUGCCUCUGCAGAAUCUAUGCAAGAUGCGAGUUAUCAAUUAUGAAUAAUGAGAAAGUGUUCAAUAAUUAGAAGGUUUUAUAAGUUUGGAUUCUGUUGUAAUAUUUAUUUUAUAAGUUUUAAAUAUAUAGCUAUAUUAUAACGGCUAAUCAAAUAAAGAGAUAUUUGAAUAUAA